GUAACUUGACUUACCAAUCUAAGGGUGGAAAAUGUAGAAUACAGGCAAACCAAUUAAAACGAUACUUUUUUUCAUCAACAUACAGACUAGGAUUUUAAUUUCAGUCGAUUCUUUCAUACAUACAUAUUUACAUAUGUAUACUGUCUGCAACAAUAUGGCUUCUUCGUCUGAAUUUGAGAAAACGAUGGUAGUAAAUAUUGGAAAUUUUGAAAAGAUUCAAAGCUUUCUAAAUGAUAAGGAAAAAUACAAGGAAAUUUUAGAAAACAGCGAAAACUUUAAUACCCGGUUAUGCAUUGAACGACGACUUCGCAUGCCUUUUUUGGACCCCCAAACUGGAGUAGCGCAAACACACUGUGCCCUUUUUAUGAAAAAAAAACAGCGUAUGCCAGGAUUUCGCCAUGGGCAGAUAUACACGUACCCAUCAUCACGAUGGCGAAAGCCCAAACGCCAAUAUUUGCUUAACUCAAAUCAGAGCUAUCGAGCUUAUCAAUAUCGGGAGCCCCAUCAGCACAUUCAUCAUCAACACCAGCAUCACCACCACCAUCCAGCAGCACCUGUCGCUGUGGGGACUCGAGAUCUUCAUCAAAUGGAGAGCGCAGUAAUCGUGGCUGCUGAUGGAAACUCUUUGGGAGCGUCCGGAGACAAUGAUAGUAAGGAUUCCCAUGUAAAUGCGGAAAAAGAAUGGUUUCAUGAAGAAAUGGAUGUAUCACAUUAUCAUCAUGGUGAUGAUUAUGAUGAUGAUUUCGAUUCAGAUAAUGAUUUUGACGAGUCAUACACAAGCAGGGGGAAACGCAAGAGAGGGACUCGACCGCGUCGGUCCAAUUCACACGCAGAAAGUACACCAAAACGUGGCCGCAAAGGUGAUGAUAAAUUAAAAUAUUUUUUACUGUUUUCAAUAUAUUGUUUUAUAUUAUAUUUAGGAAAUCGACGUAGAAAUGGCAUCGAGGGAGAAUCGGAUCGCAGACGUCGUGGAUGUGGAAACGGUGCGAAUACAUCUGCAGCUGCUGCAGCGGCAGCUGCAGCCGUAGCUCAUGCUGCAAGCACUGCCGCAGCCGCAGCAGCUGCCACAGGUCUUUAUGCAACGCAUUCCAAUUCAGCGUCACCUGUUCCUCCAAACGAUGACACUUCACAAUCAGCACUAGUCAUUCCAGCGUCAUCUUAUGAAAAGGCGUCGAGCGAUGCUGGGGCUUCCAAUGACUCUAUUCCGUUAGCAACGAUGGCUGGAAUAACAGGAAUUGGCCUAAACUUAGCAGGAACGACCAAUGUUGUUUGCACCCCUCCUAUAUAUUCAACAAAUAAUAACGCUGCAGCCACAGGUGCUAGCCCAAAAAAGGUCAAAACACGAACAGAGCGCGAAGUGGCUCAACCAUCUCCUUACUGCGAUUUCUGUCUUGGUGAUCAGCGUGAAAACAAAAAAACUAGUAUGCCGGAAGAGCUAGUUUCAUGCUCAGACUGUGGUCGUUCUGGUCAUCCAUCAUGCCUUCAGUUUACAGAAAACAUGAUAAUAUCAGUAAAACGCUAUAGAUGGCAAUGUAUUGAAUGCAAAUACUGUUCUAUUUGUGGAACCUCAGACAAUGAUGACCAGUUACUUUUCUGCGAUGAUUGCGACAGGGGUUAUCAUAUGUAUUGCCUUUCGCCGCCACUUAUUACACCACCUGAAGGUUCGUGGAGCUGCAAACUAUGCAUUGACGAGUUCCAUAAGAAAUAAUACAAAAAAAUUUAAUUUUUCAUAAUUUGUAACGUAAUGUGAAUUAUUGAUUUGUGAAGGGGUUUUUUUUUUGAUUCUGCGCAGCGAAUAACGAGCGGGUUGACCCAAUGAAAUAUUAGAAUUUAUAAAUUACAAAAGGAAUUGGAUGAGGGUGACGUUUCAGGGAUUCGAUGAGAAUUAAGAUUUAGACUUAGACAUUCACCUAUAGACAAUGCAAAAAGUUUUAUUUAGGUUAACCUUGUUUAAUGGAUUUUUAUUUUAAGUAAUCCCCGAUUUUUUUUCUAACCGAUGCGUAAUAAACCCAUAUUUUUAGGUCACGCUUACUAAAGUCAUUUUAUCCUUUACUUAUGUAUAUGUUUUGUAGCUAUAUAACUACAUAUUUGUAUUACUCAUUUAAAUAUUACGUAUUAAACUUUUUUUGUGUCUAAUAAUUCUUCAUUUAAGAAGAUAUAAGUUGAGGUAAACGGCUUAAAUUAAAAAUGUACUAUUUUAUUUUGGUCUGCAAUACAUUAUUGCAAACCCAUCAAUAACAUGAUUUCUGCGAUUGAAUGUGCUACUUUGAAAACCCAAUUGUCGGUACCAUACAAGUCAUAAUUUUCAUAAUUUGCAACGUAAUGUGAAUUUAUACCCGGUACUCAUAGAGUGCAAGGGUAUAUUUUAGUCGUGUGAAUGUAAGUAACAUAUACUAUGUUAUUCAAAAAUUGUUUGUUCAAUUUCAACUGCGAGGAAUCUGGUUUGCCACCAGAGUUGUAUCCCAAGUUUAUGCUUUGAGGCUAAAAUCAUAGUCAACUUUCGUGUGAUGCAGUGUUCAAGAAACGGCGGUUAUGCACACACGAAUCGCCUGAAAUCUUGAAAUGAAUAUAUGAUUUGGCAUGGAGACUUCUAUAUUGCCCACGCGUUCAAGUUUGUUUCAAAUUUUUUGCACGCCUCUUCGUUCCUCUUCAUGUUGCUGCCAAACUUUUUCUAUAGGUAAUAUACAUAUAUCUGAAAAAUAAAUUUCAUUCAAAUCAA